AUGGCACUGGCCAGAGCAGGAUGCUGCCCCCUGCUGCUGCUGCUGCUGCUGCUUCUGGGGCUGUGGGUGGCAGAGGUCCUAGUCAGUGCCAAGCCCAAGGACAUGACAUCAUCUCAGUGGUUUAAAACUCAGCAUGUGCAGCCCAGCCCUCAAGCAUGCAACUCAGCCAUAAGCAACAUCAAUAAGUACACAGAACGGUGCAAAGACCUCAACACCUUCCUGCACGAGCCCUUCUCCAGUGUGGCCAUCACCUGCCAGACCCCCAACAUAGCCUGCAAGAAUAGCUGUAAAAACUGCCAUCAGAGCCACGGGCCCAUGUCCCUGACCAUGGGUGAGCUCACCUCAGGGAAGUACCCAAACUGCAGGUACAAAGAGAAGCACCUGAACACACCUUACAUAGUGGCCUGUGACCCUCCACAACAGGGUGACCCAGGGUACCCACUUGUUCCUGUGCACUUGGAUAAAGUUGUCUAA